AUGUUCUUAGCUGGUUUAAGAAUCAGAACAGGUGUAAUUUCUGCAGUAUACAGAAAGGCUCUGCGCAUUUCCAGCUCUGCAAGAAAGGAGUCUACUGUUGGAGAGAUUGUCAAUUUAAUGUCUGUUGAUGCCCAGCGAUUCAUGGAUCUAACUUCAUACAUCAACAUGCUGUGGUCUGCACCACUGCAGAUUGCUUUGGCACUUUAUUUCCUGUGGGAUCUUCUAGGACCAUCUGUACUUGCUGGCCUGGCUGUUAUGAUAGUGCUGAUCCCUGUGAAUGGUUUUAUUGCUAAUAAGACCAAGCAGUUCCAGAUCAGUCAGAUGAAGAACAAGGACCAACGAGUGAAGCUCAUGAACGAGAUCUUGAAUGGCAUUAAGGUUUUGAAACUGUAUGCAUGGGAACCUUCCUUUGAGGAGCAAGUCUUAGGAGUCCGCAACUUAGAGAUUAAAGUACUGAAGAAAUCGGCUUACCUCAAUGCAGGUACUUCCUUCAUUUGGACCUGCACACCUUUCCUGGUGUCCUUGGCCACCUUUGCAACGUAUGUUCAAAUUUCGCCCGAAAAUAUUCUGGAUGCUAAAACUGCUUUUGUAUCCAUAUCUUUGUUCAACCUCCUACGUUUCCCCAUCUCCAUGUUGCCAAUGAUUAUCACCAGUUUAGUGCAGGCAAAUGUUUCACUGACGAGGUUAAACAAGUUCUUAAAUGCCGAUGAAUUAGACCCAGAUGCAGUGACUAAGGAUAAGAAUAUAAAGAAGCCAAUUACCAUAGAGAAUGGUACCUUUGCUUGGGGUCAUGAUGAUGAAGAUGGCAAACCAGUAUUGCACAACCUUGACAUAGAAAUUGAAGAAGGCUCGCUGGUUGCAGUCGUGGGAAGUGUGGGGGCUGGCAAGUCAUCGCUCUGCUCAGCUAUUCUCGGAGAAAUGGAAAAGCAGUCAGGAAGAGUCAACGUUAAUGGAAACAUUGCUUAUGUUGCUCAGCAAGCUUGGAUCCAGAAUGCCACUUUAGAAGACAACAUCUUAUUCAACAACAAAAAGAAUGAAGACAGAUACUUCAGUUGUAUCCGAGCAUGUGCUCUGCAAUCUGAUUUGGACAUGUUGCCUGGUGGGGAUCAGACAGAAAUUGGAGAAAAGGGCAUCAACUUGAGUGGUGGACAGAAGCAGCGAGUGAGCUUGGCCAGAGCAGUUUAUUCUGAUGCGGACAUUUACCUCCUCGACGAUCCCCUCAGUGCAGUUGAUUCCCAUGUUGGAAAGCAUAUUUUCGAGAAUGUCAUUGGGCCUGAGGGAAUUCUGAAGGGAAAAACUCGCAUUUUGGUGACCCAUGGCCUAACAUACUUACCAAAAGUUGAGAAAAUUGUUGUGCUCAAGAAUGGUACAAUCACAGAGCAAGGUUCAUAUAAGGAGUUGAUUGAAAAGAAAGGAGAAUUCCAAGAAUUUCUGCUGCAGUAUUUGGCAGAAGAAAAUGAGGAUGAGGAAGACCUGGAAGAAUUGGAGGACAUUAAGAUGCAGUUGGAGAGCACACUUGGCAAGGAGCGUUUACAGCGGCAGAUAUCUCGUACAAAGCGCGAGAGUGAGAGCGAAAGCAUAGGACAUGAUGGAAUUGGGGAACACAGAGGCAGUAUCCGUCACAGAAGCAAAAAGAUUAGCGAGUCUGAAAAGACCAAGCCAGCCAUUGCUCCCCCUCAGCAAGUGGAGGCUAAAGCUGGACAGAAACUUAUUGAGAAAGAGAAGGCAGAAACUGGCAAGGUCCAGCUUUCUGUGUAUGGCUACUACAUCAGGGCCAUCGGUAUCAUGUCAACUUGCAUGACUGUGGUGUUUUAUAUCCUUUCCCAAGCAUGCACAGUAGGCUCAAAUGUGUGGCUGACUGCGUGGUCGUCUGAAUCAGCACUCCAAAAUGAGACAGGACAGGAUCCAGCUGUAAGAGACAAAUACCUAGGUGUUUAUGGUGCUCUUGGGAUUGGACAAGCAAUUUUCAUAUGCCUUGGAUCUGUGUUAAUUGCUGGUGCGACUGUUGCGGCAUCAAAGCUGAUGCACAAGAGGUUACUUGAUAAUGUUAUGCACAGCCCUAUGAUGUUCUUUGAUAUGACACCCAUCGGCCGUAUUGUUAACCGUUUCUCAAAAGACUUGGACACAAUAGAUGUACUUCUACCUAGUAAUUUGAGAGCCUGGGUUUCAUGCCUGAUAGCGGUGAUUGCAACCUUCGUGGCCAUCAUUUACGCAACUCCAGUGUUCGUUGUGGUUAUGCUGCCAACUAUGAUUAUAUACUACUUUGUGCAG